GAUGAAAUUAAGAGAAAAAAAGAUGCUGGUGAAUUAAGUGAAACCGAAGCCGCUGAAAAGAAAAAAGAAUUAGUCAAAAAGUCAGCCGUCAGUGCCAAAAAACAAAUUGAAAGUAAAUUAACCGAAGGCCACCAAAAGUUAGCAGUAGACGAAGCCGAAUUAGCCGCUCAAUUGGCUCCUUAUAACACGAUUGAGGAAAAACUAAAUAGUUUGGCCGAAGCGGAGGAAGUUGCGACCUUUGAAAACGACUUAUUAGUAGUUAUUGACCAGAAAAAAAAAGAUAAAUUGGAUAAUAUUGCUAAUGAAGCCAUUGCUGAAAUUAAGAAAGAAAUUGACGGAGACCAGAAUGUUGAAUUAGGAGUAAAUGAGGAUUUUGAAAAUGUUAUUAAAGGUCUGGUUGAUCCGGACGAAAUUGAAAGUCUGAAAAGUAAGAUUGUGAAACUAGUUAGGGAGCAAAAAUUAUCCCAGUCUCUAGAAGGGACGAACACUUCCUCUGAUGGAAAAAACCCUAAUUCUCCCUCUUUACUCAAA